UAUGGACUGUUUUUUAGGAUCCAUUUUCAAAGUACUCGAACCCUUUGAUAUCUUCUCACUAAAGUUUACACUAAACUUUAAGAAGAAGAAAGGCUUCACAACCUGGCUUGGAGCAAUGGCUUCACUCAUGAUAAUAGCGAUCUGAUCAUAUUAUGGAAUCUCUUUACUUUCACAGAUGCUAAACAGGACUUUGAUUCAGACGAACAUCAACAGAAUCAGAACUGACAUUGCUAAAGAUCCCAUUGAUAUAACUCUAAACCAAGAAGGCAUCUACAUUGGAGUUUCAUGGAUUGGGAAUCUGUCUGAUAACUUUGAUAUGAUUGAAGCAGGGCUUGGAAUGGUCACUUUGAGUCUUGUAGAGAAUACUCCUUAUGGAGAAGAGAUGAUUCAGCAGCCCAUUAGUUCAAUUGAACUUGAAAAAUGAAAUGAAACUAAUUUCCCAAUCGAUUAUGAAGACCCUAGCAUGAAUUACAGGAAAGGGUUUACAUUCUAUUGAUUUAAAAGAAAUGACUUGAUGAAGCUUGUUCAAAGAGAAAGCCACAAAGGUAGAAGUUUUAGUUUUGGAAUUAAUGCUAUACCUUGUAUUAAUGAUAUUUGAACCGGUCCCGAUUACAAUUUACUACGCUUUUAUAGUGGACUGCAUCUCACUAUAAUUAGUAAAUAUUUUGACGACUCUGAUCCUCUGAACCCAGUUAAAACAUAUGUGCAUGAUAAUAUUAGCUUGGUCUUAUCUCAAGGAGAUACUUCAAUGGCUCACUGCUCUCUGAGUCGUCAUAAAUACGUUGUGAAUGAUUGGCACUCAAUUAUCACCGGAAGUACUUAUGGAGAGUUCUUAGAUAUUGACAGUUGUGUAUAUAGAUCUCAAACAAGAUCUGAUAAUCAUACAAUGGCUGCCAUAGUAUUUAAUGUCAAUGAUUUUGUUCAGACUUAUGAAACCACUGUUAUUAGCUUUCUUGAGGUUUUAGGACAGGUCGGAGGCCUGUUUGAAAUUCUGUCUUUGACACUUUCGCUUUUGUUAAAAAUUGUAUUAAAAUUUUUAUUUAAGAAAAAUGUCAAACAAAUAGAAAAAACCAUCAACAAAAAUGAAGAAUGGUUUUCAUAUCCAGCCAAUGUAUAUGACUCAAGAAAAUCAAGGAAAAACAAGAGAAAAGCUAGGUAUGGCUUCCUUGGUUCCUUUGAACCCUCCAACAAGGUCUCGGCUGAACCUCAGCCAUUGAAUGCUAUUCAAAGCAGAAACUCGAUCAGCAAUGAUCACCAGCACUAUGUUAAGCAAGCUAAGAACCGACUAAAAAGUAUUUCAAAAACUCUCAGAAAAAGUAAAUUAAGUGGAGUAAUCGAAAAAGAGUUAGACAUUGUAAAUGUAGCUCGAUCCCUUCAGGAGCUGAAACUUUAUGUGUCAUACCUUAUGGAUAGAGACAAGAUAAAUAUUGAAUGCAUUUCAAGAAGCAUUGAUCUAAGAUUAGAAACAAAUAGAGAAUCACAAUAUAAACAUGAAGAAAUAGAUGAAGAAAUGGAUGAAGAAAAGAAUCAAGAGGAAGACAAACAAAUUGAGUUAGGAUUAAAUUCUUCAUCAUUAUUCAAAUAAACCCCAACACUCUAGAGUCACUAAUAUCAAGAGGCUUCCAUAUUCUUCCUUAUCUACACCAUCAGAAGGGAGUAAAUCAUGUUUUCGAAAGCAAGUCUCGAAUGUGAACACUACUAAUCGUAUCGAUUCAGAAUCAUGUGUCAAGUUGAUGAACAGCUCGAAUAAAAAGAUGAUACCGCCUUCAUCAUUUUUACCUUAGUAGACUUGACUAAGCUGGACUUUACAU